AUGCAGACCGAGCUGCUGCUACUCCUAUUUCUCUGCUUCUGCCUCGACAAGAGGCAAGUGCUCUGCGAUGAUCAGUUGGUGUACAAGUUGACGAACAUCGAAUGCCAAGAAAAUCCGGAUCGGGUAAAAAAUAUAUCCUGCAGUCUGAAAGCGAUCAACUGGAAUAGGGCGAUCGCCAACAUAUUUAAGACUAUAUAGAUAGAUGACUAUGCCAAUCAGUGGAAGCCUUUCCUGGUGGAUGUGUCCGAACGUAAACGGAGUUUUCUGCCCUACGGUGUCAUCAUGUGGAAGUGUUCGCAGCGAUUCACCAAUGUGAACCACUCCUUCCCGAUUUCGGGCCAUCUCUUCGCUCGCAAUGGUUAUUUGGACACAUCCUUGGUACCACCCUUUUCCAUUGGCAUCUACCAGCUGAGUUCCGUUAUCGUGGAUAAGAACUCUACCAUCAGCGAGCACAUAGGCAGCGUCAAGUUCCAUAUGCAAUCCAUGCUGACGGUGAAGAGCAAGAAGAGACCCAAGCCGUAG